ACAUUAUAUUCCUUCUAGUUUCAGUUCAUUUAUCUGUUUUUAGUCCAUAAAGAGCGAAAAUUUUUUCUCAUCGGCCUUCACAUAUUUGUUUUUUUUGGUGACACUGCGUUUAAAAAGAAAAAUUUUUUAAUUUGUAUUAAAUAAGCGAGCGUUAUUUUAGAGAACUAUUAAAACUUAAUAUGUCUGAACUUCAGUCAUCUUUACUGCUAAAGAAACAAUUGGCUGAACUGAACAAGAAUCCAGUAGAAGGUUUCUCAGCUGGAUUAAUAGAUGAGAAUGAUAUAUUCCGCUGGGAAGUCCUAAUAAUUGGUCCGCCAGAUACACUUUAUGAAGGAGGCUUUUUCAAAGCACAUCUUUAUUUCCCCAAAGAAUAUCCUUUGCGUCCACCUCGAAUGAAGUUCGUCACAGAAAUUUGGCACCCUAAUAUUGAAAAAAACGGAGACGUCUGCAUUUCCAUUUUACACGAACCUGGAGAUGAUAAGUGGGGAUACGAAAAAGCAUCGGAGCGCUGGUUACCCGUGCAUACAGUGGAAACUAUCUUGAUAUCAGUGAUAUCAAUGUUGGCUGAUCCCAACGAUGAGUCUCCAGCAAAUGUAGAUGCCGCCAAAGAAUGGCGAGAAUCUUAUCCUGACUUUAAACGCAAAGUAGCUCGCUGUGUCCGAAAAAGUCAAGAGGAGUGCUCGUAGAAGAUGGAUUUGCACUAUAUUUGUAUAUUUAUAUUAAAAAUUUGAUACAUUAAAAAGAAUAACUGAAUUAACAGACGAA